AUGAUUGCGAAUUUUCAUAACCCUAGGCGGCUUCGGACGCCCUUUAUCGCCAUCAUCGUUUUCAUUCUCAUCACCGGAUUCUUCUUGCUCUUCCACCAGCCGCUAGUCCAAUACUUUGUAAUUCCUUGGACAGCAGAACAAUAUGGCGGCAGUUGGAUGAACGACUCAACGCCAAACUGGGUUCAGCCAGCUCUCUACGAAGGUCGACCAGACAAGUUUGGCGAAGCAAGUCAAUACGUGCAGGCAAUUCUAGACCCCAAAAAUGGUGGCUUUCCUAUUGUCAACUGCCCUGCGACAAAUGUCACUCGCUACGAAGUUCUGCGGCCUACCAUGAACAUGGAUAAGAGGCACUACUUCUUUGCUCUCGACUUGCGACAGGUUAGAGAUCUCCUGCCCCAGUUGAUAGGAGCUGUUCUGGAAGCCAUGAACGUCAUUGGGCCGGAGAACUGCGCCCUUUCCAUUGUUGAGGGUAUCUCCACCGAUGGUACAUACGAGACGCUAUACCGCCUUAAAUCACACCUCGACCAGAUGGGAGUUUCUUAUCACCUACAGACGAGCAGCAUUGAUUCCCACAGUGGCGAUCGUAUCGGCAAGCUCGCCAAGCUGAGGAAUCUGGCCUUGGAACCCAUGAUGGCAGAUGCGGAUGCCUACGACCCGAAGGCGACGAUUAUUUUCCUCAACGACGUUGCUGCAUGCACCGAGGAUAUUCUAGAGUUGGCGUACCAGAAGCAAACGCAGGGAGCCGAUAUGACUUGCGCGAUGGACUACCACUUCCUUCGAUUUGCGCCGCAUAAUGGAGAACCCUCGUUCUACGAUUCGUGGAUCUCUCGCGCCAUCAACGGCGACACAUUUUUGCCGAUUCCCGACAGAACACCCAAGGGAGAACAAUGGAGCGAUGUGGCCAACAUGUUUUGGAACCACCCGUACUCCCAGGAUCGAUACCUCAGCCGUAAGCCACUGCAGGUGUUUGCGUGCUGGAAUGGAGGCGUUGCGGUGACUGGAGAGCCCUUCCUGAAGAAGCAGAUUGAUUUCCGGAGGUCAUAUCAAGGGGAGUGCCAUACCGGCGAGCCAACACUGUUGUGUAAGGAUUUGUGGAAGCUGGGUCACGGCAAAAUCGCCGUCGUGCCGAGCGUCAGCUUGGCGUAUAAUGUGAAAGACGGACGACAAAUCAAAGAAGAGAGGGGGUUUGCUUCGGCUUGGACCAUUAAUGAGAACAACGGGGAGCCUCCAAAGAUCAACUGGCAAGAGGAGCCGCCAGCGAUGGUCAAGUGUAUGCCGACGUUCAGGAACCAGUUCUGGCGGCCCUGGAAUGAAGGACUUUGA